GGGCAGACUGCAUAACAUUUAAUAAUAAUGGAUUUUAUUGAUUUUAAAAGUUUGGAACUAAAUACAGAAGCGAAUAUUUCUGAAUCAUUUGAUUUGGAAGACACCGAUAGCAACAGUUUGAAGAAAGAAGCUAAAAAGAUUGCACGAAAAAAAAAUAAAGAGACUUUCAAGAGGCCAACACAUUUAUUCAUGCAUGAAAAACAUCUUACAGAAAUACCUAAGCCAAAAUAUGCCACCCGCAUCAUAUACGCGUACUACCACAACAACCAAAUAUCGAAAAUGGAAAAUUUUGAUUUAUUUUAUAACGUUACCCAUUUGCAUUUACAAUGGAACAAAAUAGAAAAAAUCGAAGGAUUAGACAAGAUGUGCAAGUUGAAAAAGUUAUAUUUGGGCAAUAACAGGAUCAGUGUUGUGGAGAAUUUGGAGAGCUUGAAGUAUCUGGAGGAGCUACACAUUGAGAAACAAAACCUUGACGGCCCGGAUGGCUUGUGUUUUGAUCCUAGAACCAUGUUGGUUAUUGGGACUUCACUACGAAUUUUGAAUGUUUCCGAGAAUAAACUAACAGAUAUGAUCUGGGUGAAGCCACUUCGGAGAUUAGAGGUUCUAAUUGCUAAGAAAAACUGUUUGGAAGAUUUUCAUAGCGUAGCUGAUGACUUGUGUACGUUAGUGAGUCUUGUUGAUGCCAACUUUAUCGCAAACCCAAUGACGAAGAAGCAUCGCUAUAAGGAGACCAUCAUUGCGAGAUGUGCCCAGCUGCGAGUACUAGAUACUGUCGUUAUUCAUGACACUUCGAAGACCUUCCUGCAGAGUUUUGACAGGAAGAUCAGGCUUCGGCAGCUGAACGAUAAGAACAAGCACGACAUGACAAAGCGAGGAGUGGAAGACUUCUUCGACCUGAACAUGAUGCCAGGCCCGAGGGCACAGAGCGCUUUGUCAAUAGCUGAAUUUUCCAAUCAGAAGCCAAAGAUAUCCGCCAUUGAUUCCACAUACACAUUUAUGCCACGCGCUUUUUGGCGAUCGAGACCGGCCCCGUCUCCAAGCGAAGCUACAGCUGAAAAACUAGGCAAUAAGAAUGUGACAGUGGCCAUCACACCAAACGGCCUGGCUGAUGGGGUCACCAGUAACAACAGUGGUGUCGAGUAUUUUGUGACUCCAUUUGAAGUUGACAUGCCCAUGUUUGAAUUCCUAGACAGCCUUGAUGCUAAAACAGACAAUUAUAUAACUUAUAUUCAGAGACAAAACUCCAAUUUAACGGAAGAUUUCAAGGAACUCCUGCCUGAUAUCUAUGAAGAGGUGUCAUUUGCCAGCGAGGCAUUCAACAAGAGGCCUGAUGCAGUCAACUUCUGGAUGGGCGAUGAGAGAGCUGUUACUUCUAUGCACAAGGAUCCAUAUGAAAACAUAUACUGUGUAAUUGAUGGAUACAAAGACUUUAUUCUAAUCCCACCAACGGAUCUGCCGUAUGUGCCCUACAAAAGGUAUCCACAAGCAGAGUUCCGAAGGGUCCAGAACCAGUGGCAGAUUGUACCCAGUACAGAACCAGAGAGUGGGGAUGGUAAAGAGGAUGGAAUACCCUGGAUUUGUAUUGACCCCCACAAACCGGACUACGCAAAAUAUCCGGAGUUCAAAAGAGCGAAUGUGUUCAAAGUGCGCGUGAACAAGGGCGAUUGUCUCUACCUGCCUAGUCUAUGGUUUCACCACGUGACCCAGAGUCACGGUUGUAUAGCGGUAAAUUAUUGGUAUGACAUGGAUUUCGAUAUCAAAUACUGCUACUUCAAAAUGCUGGAGAGUUUGUGCGCCAAAUAUUGAAAUUGCGGCGAAUUAGCGGAAUUCAGAGAUUUAUUAGGAAAAGGGUUAAAAUGACGUGACAAAAUGAAUAAGAGGAAACACAGAUACUGGUGCUGACACCACAUAAAUGGUGGCAUAAUAUAGUUAAUAAUGAUUUAAAUAAAGGGCCUAAAAUGACUUGAAUACAUGGCUGUAAAACCCACAAAUGUAUUUGUUGAAUACAAUUCCUAGUCAUUUUUAUAAGUCAUACAUUGUGAUAAUUUUGUAUUUUUAUUACAGUUA